AUGGUUCGCUUGGCUAAGGCAUCACUUUGUGAGUGGCAGCAGGAGCAGGAGUUUCAGAGGGAGGUUGAAACAAUGGUGAUACGGAGUUCAAUUAGGAGUAUCCACGAAGAGUUUGAAGAUAAAUUAUGGGAUCAAAGUGCUCAUCUUUGUGGCAGCCAAAGUGUGAACUGGCUUGAAAGGAUCAAUGAGGUUUCAAAUUUACGCAAGGAAUUAGAUGUGAUCUUAAAGUCACUAUCCGAUGCUGAAACUGGACAGUUAAUUUCUCAUGGGUCUCAUGACAUGGAUCAUUUUCUCUGCAAAGCUUUGAGCAAUCAUGUUUCGCCAUCAACUUUGAUUUCGGAUGGAAAUGGUACACUUGAAGAGUCUAAAAAUGGUAUGCUUGAGAACUGGGAUGCUGCCCAAUUAAAGCACAUGUCAAAGGAUGAAAUGGUGAAUUAUUUUAAUUCUAUGAUAACAAAGAUGAGGAGGAACCAUGAAUCUAAGGUACAAGAAUUGACCGAAGUUUAUUUAGGUCUUAAGCGGGAAUACUUAAAAAUAAAAGAGAAGGGAUCUUCUUUGCCGCUUCGGAAGGAUAAAGAUUUGGACAUGUUGAGGGAGAAGAUCCCGGAGGUCAUUUUGAAAUUGGAUGACAUCCUUGUGGAAAAUGAGAAAAUUGCUACAUUGAGCAACAAUGUCGAGUCUCUUGGCAACUUAAAUGAUAGGCUCAACGGCCUUCUUUCAGAAAAUCGCCAACUCAGGGAGUCGCUUGCAGAUAAACGAAAGGAAUUGAAGUGUCUAUCAUCACAAGUUUCUGAUACUUCUGACCAGAUGUCACACCAUGCUUUGGCAGAAGCAAAUUUGCUAAAAUCGAUGAGUAAUCUUAAAUCUGAUGCGGAAGACGCAGAGAUAGAAGCUUUGGUCUCUGAGGAGGUAUAUAAAUGUGUUCUGAGGGAGGUAACUGCCCAGAUCAACCGUGACACUGAAGAGUUAGCGUUGCAAUCUAUUGCGAUGCAAGAGGUCUAUGAAAUCAUUUAUAGAGAAGCUUCUCAAGAUGCUGAAGCUACCAGCAAGUGUGAAAUUGGAGAUUCAGAUAUUGAAUUCUUGAUCAUGCAAGCAUCGCUGAAAGAAAAGGACAAGUUAGCACUUGAACUAUCAGCUGCAUUGGACGAAGGAAGGGUUCGAUUUGAGCUAGCUUCUCAGAGGAGCAACAAUUUAAAAGACCAGGCAAGUUUGCUGCAAACAUUAGUUUAUGAGAGAAGCAAGGAAUUAGAUUUAACAAAGGGUGAGUUGGAAGAGGUGCUGGAACAAAUUGAUGUUGGUAAGGCGGAAAUGAACAAAUUGAAUCAAAAGCUUGAACUAAAGACAAAUGAGUUAAGGGAAGCUGAUGAACAGAGAAUUUGGCUUAUGGCUGUUGUCCAGGAGAUGCAAAAUGCUAUAUUAUUGCUUGGAGCGAAAGAAAAUGAACAGAGUAAGCAAAUGCAAGCAGUAAUCGUUCUUGUCCAUGGACUUUCAAAAGCAUUUUCUGAUUUUGAACGUCGAGCAGCUGAGGGUAUCAAAAAGAAUAAUUUGAGGUUGGAAGAAUCAAGUUCUCAGUUGAGUUCUCUUACCCAGAAAAGCAAUAAGCUUAAAAGAACAGAGGUGCUGUACAAAAAGAAAUGUGCUGACCUUCAAUUGGUUGAAUCUGAGACUUAUGGAGCAAUUUCUCAUCUGGAUGAACAAUUAGGAGAACAAGAAAUUGCAUUCUUUCACCCGGUAUUGGAAACUGACCGCUGA